GGACAAUGGAUUUGAGCAAUUUAGGAGGAGAGAGAAAACAAGUGGGCGUUCUGUCCAGAAGACUCGCAAUGCUGGUGGUGGACUGAGUUUGGUUUGCCUCUCGAAUCGGGAAUCACACCAUGGAAUCUCUUCACUAGUACACGUGUAAACCCUCUUCGGUUCCCUUCUUACUCCUCCCAUUAAACCUAUUUUCUUUAUUAUUCAGCUUAGUUAGUGGAGGGAGGGAGGGAGGGAGACAGAAUAAAAGGUUCCUUCUUUUAUUCCUUCUCACAUCCGAUCUUGUUUGACUGACGAGGGCAUUGAUUUACGGUGAAUUCGUGAUGGGUUUUGGCGUUUUGGGUUGAUAAACCAUUCUUGGUUUAUGUUAAUUUCUUUUCUUGUAAAUCCAGUAAUCAAGAGAGAGAGAGAGAGAGGGGGAGAGAGAGUGAGUGUGUGCGUGUGUAAGAGAGAGACGGAGAGAGUAACUGGAGCUGAGUUUUCAGGCGAGAAGAAAUGGACGGAGACAGGAUCUCUGAUGAGUUAUUGGCGGAAAGGAAAGUGGAAAUCAUAGUAAAAAAGAACGGGAGAAAGGUUAUAGUUGAGAAAUCUGCAGCUGAAGGCUUACCUGAAGGAUGGAUCAAGAAGCUUGUGAUAUCAAACAGAUCAGGCCGUAAAAGAAGAGAUCCAUUCUUCAUUGACCCUCAAAGUGAGUAUAUCUUCCCAUCCUUCAAAGCUGCAUCACGUUAUGUUGUGACUGGUGAUAUUGGACAUUAUGCCCGCAAAUUCAAGGAGAGCGAUAACGAAGAUGAUGAUGAUUCCGAAAAUGCCAAGAACGUUCUUCUUCUGGAGUCUGCUGAUGCUUUACUGGACAAGGAGAAGAACAUUGAUAUAAAUAGUAAACGGAGAAGAAACUCAUCUUCUUCCGGUGAACAUUCUGAGAAUUGUAAAGUGAAUUCCGACUUGAGCAGUGUCACCUCACAAGUUCUUGAGGAUCUGGGGAAGAAGAAAGAUCUUAUCGAGAACCAGCCAAUUGCAAAACGUGUUACUAGGAGCCAAACUAAAGCAAAUGAGACCGAGGAAGACGUACUGAGAAGUGCAAGUUCACAAAGUCCAGAGAAGAGAUCUGUGUCAGUGAAGGAGGAAGAUGUAAGAGAUUCUUCUGAAAAACAGAUCAUGAGGAAUAAGGCUAUAGUGAAGAAGAAUGAGUUAGCUAAUGGUGUGCCAAGAAGAGCAUCAAAACGAUUAGCUGGUAUUGAGCUUGAACCUACCCCUGAACUGGUUACAAGAACCAAACCUCAACGAGUAGCACCUCCUGAUGAUGAUAAUGGCACAGCAGGGAAGUGCAAGCAACCUGUGAAUCCUAUUGCUACUACCAGCGGAUUGAAAAAGAUGGAUACACCUCUCACUAAGGACGUAACCAGAAGCUGUAAUACUGAGCAUUCAUCUCCAAAACCAAAUGCUGCUGCUGUUUCUACGAGCAGGAAUCAUAUGAGUGCAGAAUUGGGAAUGCAGAUAGGAAAGAUGGGUAAACCAGUAGACAAGAAAAAGAUGAAGAUGCCACUGACGACAUCUGAGGCGGAACUGAAUCCAGUUUUUUGUCUUGAUGGUUACAAGCAAAAGGAAGAGAUGUCGCCAGUAUCACCACUAUCUCGCAAAACUUGUGCAACAAAGCGUGAGAAGACAGCAGCAGGCAAAAGAUUUGGAUCAAAGGGUAACAAAGUUACCAGUCCAAAAGCAACUUAUGAUAACGGAAAUGUCACACAGAUGAGAAAUAAACUAAGCAACAACUUGUUUGAAUCGUCUGUUGUUAGAGGCACAAGCUCAGAAGUGAUGGAGAUGAAUAACAAUAACAACACCUUCUCCUCCUCCUCUGCAGCAUUUGACUCAACUCUAGCAGAUCUUUGGAAAGAUCCUUGCAUUGCUUUUGCUAUCAAAACACUGACCGGAGACACCCUUCAUCUUCCCAACAACACUGCAGCAAUCUCUUCUGAUCCAAAUACCAAUCAUGCCAAGCAGAAAGGAGCCACCUUUCUCCCAGAGACGCCAACAGUUUCUACCGAGUCACCGGGUAUGGAUAUGUGGAAAGACCCGUGUAUCGACUUUGCUAUAAAAACACUGACGGGCGCAAUCCCUAUAACAGGGUCAAAUGAACCAGUUGUGAAACCAAAACCUAAAGAGACGAUGACUAUGACAGCAUCAGCAAGACAGGAACAGGAGGAAAGUAGUAAGCAAAGCAGCAGCUGUGAUUAUUUAGUUCAACAGUGUAGUAACAAGACGAAGAACAACACCAUGGGGAAACCUGGGGAUCUAAGGUUUCCACAAUCUUUCUCUAAGGACUAGGUUGUUUUCUCUUUGUAGUAGUAGUAGUGACGCCAUGGAUAUAAUGUAAGAUCCAUCAUCAUCCAUGUGUAAUGCCUGUUGUCUUGUUCUGUAUAUACAAAUAUGUAUUAGUUUGAUGUAUCUACAGAACCUUUUUUUUUUGUUCAACGUAUCUACAGAACCUAGAAACUCAUAAAAGCAAUUA